AUCAAUUGCUCCAUCUGAUAGUAUCACCUUCAUUCCCACCCAUCCCCCUCUCCUAUAUAACUCAAUAAUCCAAAUUCCUUUCUCUAUUCUGUCUCUAAUAUAUACUGUAUACAUACAUAUAUACUUAUAUAUAAUCGUGUGUUCUGUCACUGAAUCAUCACAAUGGAUUCAAACGGCCUGAUAGUGAGUUUCGGCGAGAUGUUAAUCGACUUUGUGCCGACGGUCUCCGGCGUGUCGUUGGCGGAGGCGCCGGGAUUUUUGAAGGCACCCGGCGGAGCUCCUGCUAACGUGGCGAUAGCGGUGGCUAGACUUGGCGGAAAGGCUGCCUUCAUCGGCAAACUCGGUGAGGAUGAGUUCGGUCACAUGCUUGCCGGUAUUCUGAAGGAAAACGGCGUCUCCGCCGAUGGAAUCCCCUUCGAUAAAGGCGCACGGACUGCCCUCGCUUUCGUCACCCUACGCGCCGACGGAGAGCGUGAGUUCAUGUUCUAUAGGAAUCCUAGUGCUGACAUGUUGCUCACUCCCGAUGAAUUGAAUCUUGAGCUCAUUAGAUCCGCUAACGUGUUCCAUUAUGGGUCGAUAAGCUUGAUCGUGGAGCCAUGCAGGUCAGCACAUUUGAAGGCAAUGCAGGUGGCCAAGGAUGCCGGGGCAUUGCUCUCAUACGACCCCAACCUCCGGCUGCCACUGUGGCCCUCAGCUGACGAGGCCCAAAAGCAGAUCAUGAGCAUAUGGGACAAGGCAGAUGUGAUCAAGAUCAGUGAUGUUGAACUCGAGUUUCUCACAGGGAAUAACAAGAUUGAUGAUGCUUCUGCAAUGUCCCUAUGGCACGACAAAUUGAAGCUUCUCUUGGUGACCCUUGGAGAAAAGGGCUGCAGAUAUUACACUAAGAAUUUCCAUGGAUCAGUUGAUGCUUACCACGUCAAGGCAGUGGACACAACAGGUGCUGGUGAUUCUUUUGUGGGAGCCCUUCUCUGUAAGAUUGUCCACGAUCAUGACAUAAUACAGGACGAGCCUAGAUUGAAGGAAGUACUUAAAUUUGCAUGUGCCUGCGGAGCAAUCACCACGACUAAAAAGGGAGCCAUCCCAGCUCUCCCGACUGAGAAAGAAAUUCUCACAUUUUUAGGAGGAAAAUAGAGGAGAGCGUGUCCUCCUUUCCUAAUUUUUUAUUUUGGCAUGUUUUUCCAGACAUAUUUUAUUAUUAUUUGCAAUUGCUAAAAUAGGUUUCCUAUUUCUCAAUUUCAGGUUUUCUUUUUA